AGAUACAAGACUCUACGGCAAAAAUACGCCCUAAAAACUCAUGGCCAACUGAAAUCAACUAAAAAUAUCAGAAAGCAAACAUUAAGCAUGGCUUCACGGACAGACAGAAAACAUGUUUCUUAAUAAUCUUGUGCUUACUAAUUCUGUUAUUAUUGAAUAAAAUAUGAAUCAUAUAAUAUCAGAAUAUACUUUAAAGGUAUUGUUCUAUUACCAACAAAGUGGUAAUCAGCCACAAGCCCUGAAAAUAAAAGACCUGGGGCAUUCAAACAGAAAUUCCAGAAAACUGGGAGAAAAAAAUAAAAACACGGCAGUGAAACUGUUUCUCCCACUGUAGCAUUCCACAGGCAAAGACAACACGCUGAAGGCAUGAUAUUUGGAUACGCAACAAGUAUUUCUUGUGCAAUCCAAUGUGCGUGCCUCGACAUGUACGGAGUGGAAUGGUGUGUGAUGACUUCAUGGAGAAACUAUAGGCCUCCAGUCAGGCAGAAGAGCCUGUGCACUGGACGGGCUUUGGACGAGUCAACAGACGGCAGGAAAUCAGGAGAGCAGCAGAGAAGAGAAACAAUGGUAGAGAUUAGAGAUCAGUUCACCUCCUCCCUCCGUGUGACUCUCCUGUUUGCUCACUGACCAUGACUUCCUUUUUUUUUUUUUGCACAUAAGCGCAGAACAUUAACCUGCUGUGAGGUGCACCGACACACCAUCCAGCUCCAGAAUCAACAGCUUCUUGUUGGGUGUAGCCAAGCAACGGGCGUUAUUUUUAUCAUUUAUGACUAAAAACCAAACUCAGUUUUUAAUUGGGCUGAUGUCAUCCAAACCAGUGAUUGACCAAUGACCGAUCUUAAGUAGGAUCACAGCGAGAACACUUCAAACCUGGGUGCGAUUUUCCCUCCUUGUACUCUGACCUCAUCUCCUCUUAUCUCUUAGCCAAAGAAGACUUUCACCUGCAACACAAUGCAGGACGUUUACAGGGAAAUGGAUCAGCAACAAAAGCGGGAUCAUAUGUUCAGUUGGUGAAAACACUCAUCAGGGCAAAUUAUCAACAAAGGCUGUACAACAAGGGCUUUGCUCCAACCACUCAACAAGCCCCAUCAUGUCAGAAAACAGGUUGUCAGGGAGUGCAGGCAGACACAGCUUCGUUUCCUGACAGAAACCUGUGUCGGUGUGCGACGUGAUAUCCUCUAUUUGCUCAGGCGUCCAGGAACCAUUAUGUUUUUGACGUUCCAUAUUUUCUUAAGGAUUCACUGGUGAAAACAGGAGGAAAUUCAAACAACACCUUUUUUUUUUUUUUUUUUUACAAAAUUAUUUUUCCAAGCCCUCUCUGAGCCAAAUCUUUCAAAAUGCCACUAAGAACAUCUCUUUAUAGGAAGCAAACGUCUGGCCGGUGGUCCAGCAGGAACUCUAGACGGAGAGAGGUGCUGUCCGUCAACAUGAUCAGCCUACCGCUGGCCGACUUCCGACACAUCACUCACAUCGGUAACGAUGCCCACGGGGACAGCUUUGGGGACCUGUCCUUUUUAAAGAACGGCCACAGUCUGAUGUUGAAGAGCUCUCAAAGUGAACAGAACCUCUUUAUGGCCUGCUCUCCUCCGCCAAAGCCCCCUCGCCUCAACGUGGAUGAGACGGACGGUUCUGAGAGCCCCGACUGGUCCGCGUGCCGGCAGCUCAACACCUACCAAAAGAGAAAAAAAAGCAACUCCAUGCCACUGCUGGACAGUGACGACGUGGAAGAGAUUGAAGAGGAUGCGAGGAACCAAAAGGAAAAUAACGGCUCACGCAGCCAGGCGUUGAACCCUGAUCUGGGAAGUGUGGCUUCAGAAAAGGACACAGACUCCGCAGAAAUGCAAUGUGAAAAUACUGAAACGCAGAAGGAAGAAGAGAGUAACUUUUCAUUUAGUCUCGACCUUGGACCUUCAAUCCUUGAUGACGUUCUUCAGGUGAUGGACAAACUGCAUUGCUAGUCACUGAGUGUUUCAGCGAGGAAGAAAACGAUUCUGAUUUCAUAGAGAAACUGAUAUUUAAAAGAGAUCUUCAACCAGAAAGUAACUGUUUUUUUUUUGUUAUCCUGGUAUGUUUAACAGUGGCAAUAAAGCUGUGGACAGAACAGCGACUGCACCUCCGUUUCAUUGGAAGUAAUUAAAGAAACUUAUUGACAGAAGAUAAUUGUUCAUUUCUCUUUGACUGAGUAAAACAAUGAUUAGGAAAAAAAAAUCCCAUCCUGUACGAUUUACACUAUCUAGAGAUCAUAAUAUUGAUGGUCCACCUCAUUUGGUAAAAAUCAAGAUAAUCAGGUUCGAUGGGGAAAACAAACUAAUCACGCAAAGUUAAUGUUCUCCUUUGUUUAACCUCUCGCAGAGUUAAGUUAAUAAUUGACCCUGACUGAUGAAAAUGUGCAACUGCGAGUUGGACCUUUUCACCUCCCUUCACUUCUCUCACUCUCCAAACCGCACGGCUCCACCGUGCACUAAAAACGGCUGUUAAGACUUAAGAGUGUUGUGUUUAAGAAAAGAAAAGCUGCGGCUAGAAUCCAAGGUCCUCGAGCUGUGAUGCCUUGGCUCUUGGCGUGCUUGCCAGUCUAUUGUGUGCAGAGCGCAAUUUUUCCUCCGCACGCAUCCCAGAGGCCCCACUCAAAGGUAGACCAAGGUACCCCCCAUCUCUCAUUCCCAACAAUGCAGUGAAAACAAACACUUAGCUCUGCUUCCAAUAAAAGCGGUGGCAGGUUGGGCUGCGGACCAACCCAGGCCACAAGUCCAAGACCCAAGAAGGAGAAAAAUAGAUGGGUCGGGCUGUUUUCUUAGCUGCAAAUCAGAGUCUGGAGCUCUGGUGUGUGGCGCACGAGAGACAUAGUGGUAAAGGGUAAUGUGAUACUUCCACAAAUGCGGGGGGUGCCAAGGGAGCGGGACCAGAGACAUCCAUUACUGCAACACAAGUCAUGAUGAGGGUUUAAACACUACCUUCUGACCAAACAGCCCUGACACGUGAAAGAGACAGACACGGGUCUCACACGCUGACGAGCGAGUCAAGCGACGGACACAUUUAUGGGAAUUGUGCAGGGUCAAGAUGAAAUUUGUGCAAACAUUUACAGCAACCUUUUUUUCCAGGAUUGGACCAGGAAAGACUGCGAGGCAACCAGAACCAAAGUCAAAUUCCUCCGUGCCUCACGGGUCGUGCUGUAAAAAAACAAAAACAAAAAAAAAAACAACAAAAACCCCACAAUUGUCCUAUAUCUGGCAACAGACUCGGAGUUCUAUCUAUGUGCCGACAGGAACAGCAAUGUUUGUGGGAACAUCUGCACAGGACAUCUGUUGUGGAACCUUCUAUUUUAAACAGCCGGUCCAUGCCACUGUUGGUAAGAUAUUUGUUUUUCCUUUGAGGAGGAAAUAAAAAAAGGAAGGCCGUCUCUCAGGAUUGUCUUGUUUUAAAAAGGUUCUUUGAGUCUGUUUACACUCCCGUCACGGACCUUCAUAUAUUUGUCUUUUUAACCAUUAGACAUUAUUCCUCGCUUCACACCGUCUCCAGAUAAAUUAUAGCCCCCGAACUGUCCACUCCUGCGAGCACCAUAAUAUUAUUUCAAAGUGAGGAGACACAUGAGGCUAAAUUAGACAGGCAUGUCAAGCAGGAGUUCAUGUGUUGUCACAGAAGUGCAGGAAAACAGACUGUGAGAAAACUGUCGUGUUGUUUGGCGGAGAGACGAUCUGAAGCACAGCUACAGCGUCUGAUACAGACGUGACGUCCAACAGACGGACAAGACGUAUCAGAAAUACAGUAGGUCGGGCUACGUCUUAGAUAUGAGCAGAAAGAAGUCUAUACAAAAUUCGUUGAUAUGAGGAGUCCGGCGCGGUUGAGCUCACCGAGAGUUCAGCCUGAUGUGAGAAAAGCGAGCCUGUAACCGAACCAGAAAUUAUCUCGUCUGCACCGCACACACUGACCGAGCUGUGAGGUAUUCCUAUCGACAUCUGGUUCCACUCCACUUGCCCAAACUAAACUUGUCAUACAAAUACCACAAACCCCUGUCAUCUCGCCGAGGAGUAAGUUCGAUGAGUUUUUUUUUUGUUUUGUUUUGUUUUGUUUUUAAACGCCAGGUACUGAAUAAAAGUGUUUACGCUAAACAAGAAAUGGUUCUCCUCCCCUCACAGACACAGCCAAGAUGAGUUUGUUUUCAAAAGGGAAUUUUGUACAAUGUGUUGUGACAGUUUGUUCUAAUACACUGUGAAACUGAAUAAAAUGUAUGCUGUGUAUUUACUAUUCAA